AUGGUUUCCUCAGACUCCGACCUCUCCAAACCCUACAUCGGGCCAUCCUUCCCCACACCCCGCGCGGGACCCGCCGCCUGCCCGGCCCCGUGCCAUUGCCAGGAGGACGGCAUCAUGCUGUCCGCAGACUGCUCCGAGCUCGGGCUCUCUGCCGUGCCAGGGGACCUGGACCCCCUGACGGCUUACCUAGACCUGAGCAUGAACAACCUCACGGAGCUGCAGCCUGGCCUCUUCCACCACCUGCGCUUCCUGGAGGAGCUGCGUCUGUCUGGGAAUCAUCUCUCACACAUCCCAGGACAAGCAUUUGCUGGUCUCUACAGCUUGAAAAUUCUGAUGCUGCAGAACAACCAGCUGGGAGGAAUCCCCGCAGAGGCGCUGUGGAAGCUGCCCAGUCUCCAGUCGCUGCGCCUAGAUGCCAACCUCAUCUCCCAGGUUCCUGAGCGGAGUUUUGAGGGGCUGUCUUCCCUGCGCCACCUGUGGCUGGACGACAAUGCGCUCACCGAGAUCCCCGUCAGGGCGCUCAACAACCUCCCCGCCCUGCAGGCCAUGACCUUGGCGCUCAACCACAUCAGCCACAUCCCGGACUAUGCCUUCCAGAACCUCACCAGCCUUGUGGUGCUGCAUCUUCAUAACAACCGCAUCCAGCAUCUGGGGACCCACAGCUUUGAGGGGCUGCACAAUCUGGAGACUCUAGACCUGAACUAUAAUGAGCUGCAGGAGUUUCCCGUAGCCAUCCGGACCCUGGGCAGACUGCAGGAACUGGGUUUCCAUAACAAUAACAUCAAAGCUAUCCCAGAAAAGGCCUUCAUGGGGAACCCGCUGCUACAGACGAUCCACUUUUACGAUAACCCAAUCCAGUCUGUGGGAAGAUCAGCAUUCCAGUACCUGCCUAAGCUGCACACGCUAUCCCUGAACGGUGCUACGGACAUUCAGGAGUUCCCGGAUCUCAAAGGCACCACCAGUCUUGAGAUCCUGACCCUGACCCGUGCAGGCAUUCGGCUGUUCCCCCCAGGGAUGUGCCAGCAACUGCCCAGGCUUCGAGUCCUGGAGCUGUCUCAUAAUCAGAUUGAGGAGCUGCCCAGCCUGCAUCGGUGUCAGAAACUGGAGGAAAUUGGUCUCCAACACAACCGCAUCUGGGAAAUUCGAGCUGACACCUUCAGCCAGCUGAGCUCCCUGCGAACCCUGGACCUGAGCUGGAACGCCAUCUGGUCCAUCCACCCUGAGGCCUUCGCCACUCUGCGCUCCCUAGUCAAGCUGGACCUGACAGACAACCAGCUGACCACUCUCCCCCUGGCCGGACUUGGGGGCCUGGUGCAUCUGAAGCUCAAAGGGAACCUGGCUCUAUCGCAAGCCUUCUCCAAGGACAGUUUCCCUAAACUGAGGGUCCUGGAGGUGCCCUACGCCUACCAGUGCUGUGCCUACGGGGUCUGUUCCAACUUCUUCAAGGCAUCCGGGCAGUGGGAGGCUGAGGACUUCCACCUUGAGGAGGAGGAGCCUCCGAAGAGGCCCCUGGGGCUUCUUGCUGGACAAGCAGAGAACCACUAUGACCUGGAUAUAGAUGAGCUCCAGCUGGAGAUGGAGGACUCAAAGCCACACCCCAGUGUCCAGUGUAGCCCUAUUCCAGGCCCCUUCAAGCCCUGUGAGCACCUCUUUGAGAGCUGGGGCAUCCGCCUGGCCGUGUGGGCCAUCGUGCUGCUGUCAGUGCUGUGUAACGGGCUGGUGUUGCUGACCGUGUUUGCCAGCGGGCCAGCCCCGCUGCCUCCAGUCAAGUUUGCGGUGGGUGCGAUCGCAGGUGCCAACACCUUGACUGGCCUGUCGUGCGGCCUCCUGGCCGCAGUGGAUGCCCUGACCUUCGGCCAGUUCGCCGAGUACGGAGUGCGCUGGGAGACGGGGCUGGGCUGCCAGGCCACGGGCUUCCUGGCCGUGCUGGGCUCCGAGGCGUCGGUGCUGCUGCUCGCGCUGGCCGCCGUGCAGUGCAGCGUGUCCGUGUCCUGCGUGCGCGCCUACGGGAAGGCGCCCUCGCUGGGCAGCGUCCGAGCCGGGGCGCUGGGCUGCCUCGUGCUGGCGGCGCUGGCCGCCGCCCUGCCCCUCGCCUCGGUAGGAGAAUAUGGGGCGUCCCCGCUCUGCCUGCCCUACGCCCCGCCCGAGGGCCGGCCUGCAGCCCUGGGCUUCGCCGUGGCCCUGGUCAUGAUGAACUCCUUCUGCUUCCUCGUGGUGGCCGGCGCCUACAUCAAACUCUACUGUGACCUGCCCCGGGGAGACUUUGAGGCCGUGUGGGACUGCGCCAUGGUCAGGCAUGUGGCCUGGCUCAUCUUUGCCGAUGGCCUCCUCUACUGCCCAGUGGCCUUUCUCAGCUUCGCCUCCAUGCUGGGCCUCUUUGCCGUCACCCCGGAGGCCGUCAAGUCUGUCCUGCUCGUGGUCCUGCCCCUGCCCGCCUGCCUCAACCCACUGCUCUACCUGCUCUUCAACCCCCACUUCCGACAGGACCUGCGGAGGCUCAGGCCCCGCCCGGGGGGCCCAGGACCCCGAGCCUAUGCUGCUGCUGGGGAGCUGGAGAAGAGCUCCUGUGAUUCCACCCAGGCUUUGGUGGCCUACUCAGACGUGGAUCUCAUUCUGGAAGCUUCUGAGGCUGGACGGCCUCCUGGACUGGAGACAUAUGGCCUCCCCUCAGUGACCUUAAUCUCCUGUCAGCAGGCAGGAGGCCCCAGACUGGAGGGUGGCCAUUUGGUGGAGCCAGAGGGGACCCACUUCGGGAGCCCUGCACCCUCCAUGGAUGGAGAACUGCUGCUGAGGGCAGAGGGAGCUGUGCCAGGAGGCAAGGGUCUGUCGGUGGGUGGAGGCUUCAGGGCCUCUGGCUCACCCUUUGCCUCACACUUAUAA